UUUGAAAAUCAAAAUUUCUAUAGAAUCAUGAGUGUUUUAUUCCAACAGGAUUACACUGCUUUAGUAGAAUAUUGAUGAGAAGACCUUGUAGAAGGCGAGCAUGGAACAUCUGCUCAAGAGCCGAUCAAAUUACCCAUCUUGUUUAGUAAUUUCAACAACGUUCCUGUACCCACUCUGUUAGACCCGAUAGAUACAGGACUUAAGAAGGAUGCUGUAUAUAACGGGUGUGCUAACCGGCAGCUGGGAAAACCUAAAAUAGAAAAAUUUUACAGAAUAAUCCCAGAUUCAGAAGCAUCAAAUCAAGAAAAGUCUAUCUUUCUUGCUAAAACAACUGUCCUUUCCAAAUCCGUAACUGAGAUAAGGCGAAUUUCUUUGUCAGAAAUCGACAAAAUGUCCAAUCAAACAGAAAGAGAGUUCUGAAGAACAUUUAGAGAUAAACACACUUAUCGGACAAAUGAAGAUUCGAAAGAGAUGAAUGAUGCAUCUAAGAAUGAAGAAAUUCUUACCAAAGCUUUGAAGCCAAUCGGGACUGUAAUUUCAAAUAAAUCAAGCGACCUCCAUUUUCAGAUGGAUAAGCCUCUUGAUGAGAAUAUUGAGAUUCUCAAGGACUAUGAGUAUUCAAUUAGUUAUCUCCCUAGCAAGGGCCCUCGAAGAAGGAGAAGGAUUCUUCAUUGCAAACAUAAUCAUUGCAAAAAAUCUUUUUACAAAACGUGGAACUUUAUUGACCACGCUAGGAUGCAUUUGGGCAUAAAGCCUUACUCGUGAGACCUCUGAGACGCUAAGUUUACUCAAAAGGGGAACCUCCUGAAGCACAUAGCACGCCACGAUAAUUAGAGAACCAUAAAAAUAUUAUAUCUAACCAUUGUGAAUUUCUUAAAUUUUAUAAACAAACAGACCUCAGGAAGAAUUUCUGGUCGUAAGGAACAACUGCUCUACUUCAGCAUCACCAGAUUAUUGAAGCAAAAAUUUGAAAGAGGAUAUAUGACAAGAUAUUCCCCUCUUCCCCUACUACCUGAGUUUGUCCACACCGAUCAGAAAUUAAAAUAAAGAAUGAUCGACAGUGUUCAACCUG